CCAUGUGUCGCUGUUUCAUUAUGAUGGUAGCUUUUCUCAUGAGCUCCUUCAGCUCUUAUUGACUUCGUCGGCGUGACCAUUUCCGGAUAAUAUUUUAGCACAAGAAUGGCUGCACUGUUUACGUGUUGUCUGGGAUGCUGCGGAGAUGGGGGAACCGGGCAUAUUCCCCUCAAAGAAAUGCCUAACGUUCAGUUAGACACGCAUCAUAUGGGCACGGAUGUGGUUAUCGUGAAGAGUGGCGAGGAUAUGUGGCGCCGGAGGAUAUGUGGCACCGGGGGUUGCCUCGCCAACGCUCCCCUGCACCAAAACAAGAGUUACUUUGAGUUCAAGAUCCAGUCCACAGGUAUAUGGGGGAUAGGUGUGGCAACUCAGAAGGUGAACCUGAACCAGGUCCCCAUGGGGCAGGACAUCAACAGCCUUGUCCUGAGGCAUGAUGGCUCGAUGUAUCACAACAACGAGGAGAAGAACCGCCUCCCUGCCAAUAGCCUUCCACAGGAGGGGGACAUUGUGGGCAUCACAUACGACCAUGUGGAGCUGAAUCUCUAUCUGAAUGGGAAGAAUAUGCACUGUCCAGCUUCAGGGAUCAGAGGCACCGUGUUCCCAGUGGUUUAUGUGGAUGACAGCGCCAUCUUAGACUGCCAGUUCAGUGACUUCUACCAUACGGCGCCGCAAGGCUUUGAGAAGAUUCUGUUUGAGCAGCAGAUUUUCUGACCAGCACCUCCUUAUACCUCCAGGCCUUUACACACACACACACACACACACACACACACACACACACACACACAACCCUCAGUGCUCCUUGUUGCUCUGCAGAGAUCUGUGACCCUUACCCUCGUUCCAUCUGGUUUGAGUGUCCCUCUGUAUGUGUUCUGGUUACUCUGCUUUAAAGCUGUUCUGGGUCCAGUUGGUUUAGCUCUUGGUUGAUGCCAACACUGGAACAGUAAGAAAAUGGAUCCCAAGUCAGCAGUGAAGGGCAUUGAGUAGCCAAAGUGGUGUGUGUGUGUGUGUGUGCAUUUGCAGCUGAAAGACAGUCAAGUUAGUCAAUAUUGCUUUGCUUCAGUUGUAAUCAUCCUGCAUUGCCACAAUUUGUUAUGGUUGCUGCUUCUUUCUGAAAAGAGUUUAAACAAUGUUUAGGUGUUGAGUCUGACAGUAUUGUUGUGCAAUCACUACACAUGUCCAUUGGUCUGGACCAGAAGCCAUGUUGAGUGUUCUUUACUGCUACCUAUGUAUGGUUUGAUUAUGGAAUCUCAAUGAACUCUUAAUGCCAUAUUGAUAUGUGGGGGCAUACACCCCAAAAUAUAUAUACACAUUUUAUUUGUUUAUAGCUGACACUAAUGUUCAAUGUUUUGUUUCCCUAAUAAUUGAUAUUGAUUUAGUUAUCCGUAUUUAGAGUUUUCAUAUUUUGAUCAUGAUCUGUCAUUAAAAGUAAUUUGUCACGGCUCUGAUGGUUAUUCCAAAUUGGGGUUGGGUAGGUUACUUUUUGAAUGUAAUCCUUUACAGUUACUAGUUACCCGUCAAAUUCUAGUCAGAGUAAUAACUUUUGGAUUGCCCAAACUCCGUAACGUAUUCUGAUUACAUUUGGAUUACAUUCCAUUUAAGAGGUGUUAGAAAAUGUGAAAGUAAUCCAAGAAGUAAUCUAGUUUUUCUAAAUUCUGUGAUUUUAUGACAGUUUUGCUGUUAAUGUAACUGAUUAGUAUUUUUUGGGCGRUUAUCAGAUUACAUGUAAUCAGUUACUCCCCAACCCUGUAUUUGUGGAUGUGACAUUGUCCUACCCUAUUUUAUUUCAACCAUCAGAUGACCACAUUUCUCCUUUUGAAGUGUGAAACGCUUGUUUUAGUUUGCACUAAUGAGAUGUAUGUUGAAUAUUAACCCACAUCUGAAUACUUAUUGUUGAAUACAAUAAAGAAACUGUUGUCUCUA